UCCUCUCCCCCUCUCUCUCUCUCUAAAGCACGUUCUUCUUCUUUCUCUCUCUUCUUAAUUCGCUGUUCUUUUGAUCUUUCAAGCAAAGGGAUUGUUACUCUAAUAACCCUUCUCUGAAUUUCGUUCAGUUUCUUUCAGUUCUUUCGCUAAUUUGCGCCAUUUCUCUGAUCGUUUGCCGUCGCCGGAGAUGUUGCUGACGGCGACUUCUGAAAUCGCUUUGGUUAUUAGAAGAAUCUCGAGAUACAGAGCUUAAAGAGGGAAGGAUCUGUUUGAUACUGGGAACUGGGUUUUCCGGCGGGACGUAUUGUCAAUGGACGGCCAGAAAAAUCCGGCGAAACUUACGAGAACCCAAUCUUCGCUUCUCCGUUCAUCCCCCACCGUCCGAUCGAUUCAGAGUUUGUCAUCGGUUACCGAUGAGGAUGUAAUCGAAUCGGAAAACGUCGAACGGAAUCGAAAGAAUAAGUUACUUCGACGGAGCCGGUCAUCGGCGAGGGCUUAUUUUGUUAACCCUGUUUUGGGUUUGGCAUUUCUUGCUUGUUUCACUCUGUUCUCCAUUUCUUCAUUCUGUUUCUUCUUUUACAAGCGGAAGGAAGAGAUUGCGACUUCGGAGAAUCUUCUCCUGGCGUUGAUUUUUGUAGCGAUUGCGCUCUUCUUUGCGAACAAGAACAAGGGCUUAAUCCAUCAAAUGGGUUCGAUUUUGAAACAAUCGUGGGACGGCAAUGCGCGGCGAUUUGGGUUUUCGAGCGCCAAUGUGAAGCCUGUGAAGUGGUUUAUUGGAAGUCCGAACUCGGAUUUGAGCGCCAAGAAGAAGCGGCAGAUCAUAAGAGAAGGGGUUGAGUUUUACAGUAAUGGCGACUUCUAUGAGGGCGAGUUUCAUAAAGGGAAGUGCAAUGGAAGUGGGGUUUAUAAUUACUUCGCUAAUGGAAGGUACGAGGGAGAUUGGAUCGAUGGUCGAUAUGAUGGGUAUGGCAUUGAGAGCUGGGCGAGAGGGAGCCGGUACAGAGGGCAGUACAGGCAGGGGUUGCGGCAUGGAUUUGGGGUUUAUAGGUUUUAUACAGGGGAUUCUUAUGCAGGGGAAUGGUUUAAUGGACAGAGCCAUGGCAUUGGUAUGCAGACCUGCUCUGAUGGGAGCUGUUAUGUGGGCGAGUUCAAGUAUGGCGUUAAGCAUGGCCUUGGCUGCUACCAUUUUAGGAAUGGAGAUAGAUAUGCAGGUGAGUAUUUUGGGGACAAAAUCCAUGGAUUUGGAGUGUAUCAUUUUGCCAAUGGCCAUUGUUACGAAGGGUCAUGGCACGAAGGACGUAAGCAAGGCUUCGGUAUGUACACUUUCCGAAACAUCGAGAGUAGUCGAUGCGGCGAAUGGGAUGCAGGCCAUCUCAAGCACCCUCUGCCCCCUCUUACUGACUUAGUCCUUGCAGCAGUCCAGGCAGCUCGAAAGACAGCGGCGAAUGCGAUAAAGAUCAGUCCAGUGGACGGGGAAGUAAACAAAGCGGUCGUGGCUGCAAACAGGGCGGCCAAUGCUGCUCGAGUAGCUGCAGUGAAGGCUGUUCAGAACAGAAUGAAAGGGAAGUUUUGUGAUAUAGGCGUUUAGAGAAGUGUAAAUUAUGAGUAAUCUUGAGUGUGCUUAGCUAGCCCCCCCCAGGUGAGCAAAGAGCUCAUUAGAGGCUGCGGGGAGCUCUGUUUUUUUGCCUUGUUUUGAGCGUUUUCAUGGUGUCACAAGCUAACAUGUACAUAAACUCAACCCCCGACCUUCCCUUGUAUAUCAAUGGAAGCUUAAUCUUUCAUGA